AGAAACACAACUCUUUACAAAUUGCUGACGAAACCAAUCGUUAGAGAACGUCUCUAUAUCAACUUCUCUGUUGUUUUUGUGUUAUUUGGCUCUAUUGUCUAGUAACUAUACUGUUCUGUGAAUAUAAAGCUACCUGGAAACUCUUGAAAGCAAUUUUAUUUUUUGACAUUUUCUGGCUGACAGUAUGAAAAAUUUAAAGUAAUUAUGAUUGAUCCAGACUUCUACCCACUUAUGGCAGACAAUUACAAGCAAAUAGAGGAUAUUAUCGAUUCAAGAAAAUCAUUGGGCCAAUAUAAUGUAAACAAACAAAACAACGGUAUUAAUUACAGAUAUGCUUAUUCGAACAGCAGCAGCACUAGCGACAGCAACCGGUACAUCAGAUUCGAAGAAAAUGUCGUGUUGAACGAAGGCGAUUCCCUAAAUAACUCCAAUAUCAAACAAACCGAUUCUGAAAUCACGGUGAUGAGAGUAAAAUGCAAUGACUCAUCUUUCAAGAGGCGCAAAAGCAAGUGGGACAUGCACGAUAUUGCCAUUCCUGGAGACGGUUCCCACUUAGGAGAAAGUCCUUCUCUGGUCAACCUUGUCACUCUGGUCGGUGAUAGCAUUCCUUUCGAAGGCGAAGAAUACCUUGUGCCGCUUUCUUCGUGGGAUCCCUAUGUUAAAUCGGAGGAUUUUUCGACUGACGUAAAAUACUGCUCUGACUCCAAACUCAAUGAGGCCGAAUUCAGUUCCAAAAAAAUAAAUAGUAGAUCCGAACAAUGCCAGUUGAAAGGAAAUGAGAGUGACUUGAUUCAAAGGAGAGGCAGUUGGGCGGGAAGAAUUUCGAAAUUUAUCAGAAAACACUGUACCAAAACCAGGACACUGCCAGAUGGCGCUGUUGGCUUUGUUUUGGAAAACAAAAAUUGAGAUAUCCAAGAUGGAGAUAGAAUCACCACUCCCAACGGAGAAAAAUUUCAUAAGCUCCCCAAACGAAGAUGACCCCAAUGCAACCGGUUAUGAAACUCUCCUAGUGAUUGUGCCUUCAUUUUUGUAUACGUGUAUUUCAGUAUUACUAGAAUCAUCCAUAAGCACAACGAAAAAGUCACGUUUUGUACUGGAGUUUUUUGUCCUAAUUUUGCCCUUGGUCUUGGGUAUGACACUGUGGGCAGAAUAUACAAAACUUAUUUUGGUAUCCCUUGUUGGAAUUGUAGUUUCAUUAUUAGUGUUGAAUUAUGGAAAGUUUUCAGUAACAAGUAGUAAGACGAAUGAUUUACAAACAUUUUUUAUUACCAAUGCCAGAUCAACAAUCAACACUUUGUCCAUAAUAGCAAUACUGGCUGUGGAUUUCAAGAUAUUCCCCAGACAUUUCGGAAAAACUGUUACCUUCGGCUAUAGCCUUAUGGAUACUGGGGUAGGCCUCUAUGUUUACUCUAACGGUAUAGUUUCGCCUGAAGCUCUAAACAAAAGCAACUCUAUUUCAAAAUCACUAAAAAGCUCCCUUCCGUUAUUUGUAGUAGGGAGUGCCAGAUUCAUACUAACGAAGCUACUAAGUUAUCAUGUACCUGUCACGGAAUACGGAGUGCACUGGAAUUUUUUUAUAACCCUAGGUGUCACGAAGAUAUUCACUUCAUUCUUUCUCAAUAUUUUUUCAGUGAAAUAUAUUUAUAUCAACGCUUUUCUGCUAGUUUUUGCGCACCAAGUCUUAUUGACCAGCGGGUUAGAGAAGUUCGUUUUUGAGAAUGAUAAUGACCGUGAAACUUUUGUCAAAGCCAACAAAGAAGGUAUUGUUUCAAAUAUUGGUUAUGUUGCUUUGUACUUGUUUUCCGUGUAUUUUGGCUACUUUCUGAAUUCGAAAGGUAGAAAGCAAACCAGUUACAGGCUUGGUUUUAAUAUUUUUAAAGGGGCUUUCGCCUGUUUGCUUUUUUCUCUAGUAUUGCAGCAACUUUUUGGGAUCUCCAGGAGACUGGCAAAUGCAUCUUAUUGUUUUUGGAUACUUUUUUUAGGAAUAUUCAUGACUGGGCUUUUUUACGCCUUACAAAUAAUUCAACAGUCUAUAUUCGGACGGAAAGGUGUUUAUACCCCGUAUAUUUUUGAGGCAAUCAAUUAUAAUGGGCUGGUGUUUUUUCUUGUUGGAAAUAUAUUGACUGGUUUCAUCAAUAUGUCAAUGUAUACUACUGAUAGGAGCGAUUAUGUUGCGCUGUUGAUAAUAUCAUUGUAUAUAUUCGUUAAUUGCGGAUUUGUUAGUGUUUUGUAUUGGAAGACUUUGAAACUGAAGUUGUUUUGAAUAAUUUGUUGUUUCAUAUAUAAUUGUGAUCUUCCUAAGAAAAAUAAUGUUUUAUUUGUAUUUGGUUGAAAUCUAUUUUCUAUAACUAAUUACUGAAUUUUUGUUCGCUACCAUGUAACUGUUCAUUUCUGGUGAAAAAAUAUUAGGAAAAGGAGUAUAAAUGUGGAGAAUUGUUGAAAAGGUUUAUUGAUAUAAUCUUGUAUUAGCCAAGUUCGUCCCGAUUUAUAUAAAAAAUCCAGUUUCCGACAAA